AUGGCGGACACACUUCCAAAGCAGCGUGAUGAGGCAGAGGCAUUACUGGACUACACAUCUUCCGAUUGCGAUAGGAAUCAAGAAACAAGAGACAAAAAUGUUCCAGCGAUAUCUCUCAAUCGGAACUUUAUUGUAUUAUUUCUAGUGGUGAUCUAUUCUGCUUGCGCCAUCUUCGCCUGGACUGUCCUCGUUAUUCAAUCUCAUCGCCCAAUCGGAGGCUAUUCAUAUGACGCGGUCAUCAACCAGGGCAACAAGUAUGACCUCAUAGCAGAUCAAUACUCCGCUCUUUACAACCAGAAUGAAAAAUAUUAUCGAGCAGCGCGGAUGAUCAAUGCCGGUGUUGGGUCACUUACCAUUCCUUUGGCGACUGCAAUCUGUGCAAGAGCAGCAGUCACAUACGCGCAACAGCAGCGACACGGAUUUACGCUCCGGAAGGCAAUGACCUUGGCGGACCAGGGGUGGUUAAAUGUAGACGUUUGGUGGCAUCUUCUCCGUCCCAAGGAAUGGAAAAGAUAUGGCAGCGGUAUACUGUGGCUCGCCAUCCUCAUCCACAUCUUAGGCUUUCUUAUCGCACCCAUCCAGCAGCUGUUCCUAUCACAGACAACCAUCAAAACACCGCGUUGGCCAGUCGGCGCGGGCCCUCUUUAUGACAUACCUGACCUUUUCAGUGAACCCGAAGAACCCGAUGCCGGCACGUUUGUUCCCUACCUGCGCUCUGCGUUGGCUACAUCAACCGGUACGGACUUCCAAUCCAAUCUCUGGCUCAAUAAUGCACCCAAUUGCAGCAGCGUCCCCACACCAUACAUAUUCGAGAGCGAGCAGUUUUACAUAAGCUGCAUGAGUAGCGGCGGUGGCACAAGCUUGUUAGACGUGACCAAUUCCACCCAGCCAUUUGUCGCGCCAGUCGAAGCCAAUUUCAAUACAGGAUUGAUCCGGCAGUAUGCCCCCCGGAUGAACUCAUCCCUUUCAUACGAAUUGGUGGAUGCAGCAGAAUUUCCGACGGGCUGUGACCAGUUACCGGGCGCCUUUUUCGUGGAAUAUAUUGGUCCUGGUUCGGUGGACAUAGGGGCGAAUUACAGCCUUCAAGCAUGCAUGCCGUACAAUGGGACAAACAACACCUGGAUACCCACUCGUCAUCGGCAGGAUUUGACAGAAGUACUCUAUCUCAACGUCUCGGUAUGGCUGGAUGGGCUCUUCCAGAACACCAGCGUCUUCAAAGUACAGGCCAACAGCACCGCCGGGUAUUUCGAGUUGCCGAGUUAUCUGAACAAUAAUACGGCAGGCCCACUCCUGGAGCAGGACCCUUAUGAGCUCUGUCUCGAGGACGUUCACUGCGUACUACAACAUGAUGAUCUCUCGUUCAAGAACACCACCGGUACACUGCCAAUGGUCGGCCUCAUGAGCGAUUCUGAUGGCGCUAAUAAUUUAGAUCCUUGCAUUCGAACCGGGGAGAUCAAGGAUGCAACGGUCGAGGUGGCAAAGUGGCUACACUUGUUUUGGGAACACUAUGCGGAAGGGAAUCUGUUCAUGCAGGAUGCCUUUACGAGGGCAAUAUAUCUAGCAAAUUCCAUCUGGCUGACGAAAACUGAUCCGACAAUUCCUAAACUAUGGAUUUUCUAUGAUCGCGGUGCUGACACGAACAUCCCUACAAUCAAGCCUGGCGGUGUGAUUGUUGUUUCCGUGCUCUUGGGCCUGUUCAUUGUCACUCUCUUUGCGAUGACUUGGUACGCCAGCCAUGUGCCCACCUGGACCACGACCUUCAACGCGUUCGCCAUGAUGAGGAUUGGCGCUGCGAUCGCCGAACAUGUGCCUCUGUUGAUUGGGAAGAAAGAAGGCAAAAUUUCCGUCCUGGAUCAGACGCCGGGAUGGAUUGGCGACAGUGAGCCAGACGCCGAGAUUGGACGGCUCGGCCUAGGCGCAGAGGGGCAGCUCAGGGCCAAAAGAAAAUACGCAUGCUAUGUCGGGGACAUCGAGAUGAUGACUGGAUCCCAAAACCGUCCAGUAGAUCGGAAUGUCUCAUCCACCAUCUCUUCUUAG